AAAAAAAUCGAGUGUCAAAAAUCAGCUGACUUCAUUCUGAAAUAUUGAUUUAACAAUAAAAAAUUUUUUUUCGAAAAAAUAAAAUAUUUUUAUUCUAAAAAAAAUGAAUGAUAAAGAUAAUCCACUUCAUAUAACAUGGUGUAAUCGUAUAAGAUUUCCACCAUUAAAUCAACAUAAUGUUCUUACAUAUUUUGCGGAUAAAAGUAAUCCAUUUUAUGAUCAUACAUGUAAUAAUGAACAUCUUAAGAUGAGAAAUCUACAUCCACGUGAAUUGGAAAAAAUGAAAGGAAUCGAAUAUAUUUUAUUACAUAGUAAAGAACCGAUAUUAUUUGUUAUAAGAAAACAGCAACGACAUUCACCAACAUAUGUUGUACCAUUAGCUAAUUAUUAUAUAAUUGCCGGUGUUAUUUAUCAGGCACCGGAUUUAAAAUCAAUUGUUGAAUCAAAAUUAUUGACAACGAUGUAUUCAUUACAAUCAGCAUUUGAAGAAUGUUUUAAUUAUGCACGUUUUCAUCCAUCCACCGAUUAUACAUGGACAUUUGAUCGUGAUAAUUCUAAUGAUAUGAUCAAUUUUAAAGAAAAUGGACAAUCCAAUGAUAAUAAUAAUGAGAAUGGUAAAGAUUCGAGCAUUAAUAAUAAUAAUAAUAGCAAAAACACUAACAGUAAAGAGACAUUCAUAAUUGAUGGUAGUAAUCAGAUGAGAUUACGUUAUCGUGAAAGUGUUGAUGGAUUACUAUGGCAUUUGUUGCAAAAAUUUCCACUAAAUCCUCAACAAGGUGGUGGUGGUGAACAAAAACAAUUAGCUAUUCAAUCCUCAAAUAAUACUACUUCACAACAGACAAAUACAUCGAAUGCGAAUGAUUCACAAACAAGUUCAUCAACUACAAAACAAUCGACGACAUCAUCAAAUGGAUCGACAAUUAAAAUGGAAGAUGAACACGAUAAUCAAGGUUUCAAUGAACAGCAGCAACGAAUAAAAGCGGGACAAAAAUCUGCACCAAUCGGAUCAUCAUCAUCAACGAUGAUGAUGAAAAAACCAAAAUUAAAUUAAUAUUCAUUUUUUUAAAAUUAAUCUGAAUUA